GAAAAUAUACACUUGGAUGACCACUCAGAUGACAUUGUGCCAGUGACAGUGGAUCCCAAUGUCAGGAUCGUUGGUGGGACUGACAGUCUGAAGGGUGAAUUUCCAUGGCAGGUUCAAUUUAUUAACAGGGAUCGGGAAGGUUUCUGCGGUGGAUCCAUAGUGAAUGAAAAAUGGAUAGUAACUGCAGCCCACUGCUUUAUAAAAAUUUCACUUGGCCAUUUUAGUGUAGUGGCAGGAGAACAUAACACCGCUGAUAAAGAAGGAACAGAACAGUAUCUAGAAGUGGCCAGAAUCAUCAACCACCCAACUUACAACAUCAGCAAGAAUAAAUACAACAACGACAUUGCUCUUGUAGAGCUAGAAAAACCAAUGGUAUUAAAUGACUAUGCCAGGCCUAUCUGCAUAGGAUACAAAGACUUCACGGACAGGCUACUGAAGAUUAUACCGCAUAGUUGGGUGACAGGCUGGGGUAAUCUCAGGUACAGAGGAAGACCAACAGUAAAACUGCAAAAGCUGGCUGUGCCAUAUGUUGAUCGUGCCACUUGCAAAAAGUCAAGCCAGUAUAUUCUGUGUCCACAACUAUGUUCUGUGCUGGCUUUGCUGAUGAAGAAAAGGAUGCAUGCCAGGGGGACAGUGGUGGUCCUCACGCCACUGAUUUCAGAAAUACUUGGUUUCUUACAGGAAUUACAAGCUGGGGAGACAAAUGUGCACAGAAAGACAAAUAUGGAGUUUACACCAGAGUCUCCAGAUUCACUGACUGGAUACUGA